AUGGCAUCCCCAUUAACAAUAGUCGUCACCGGCGCCAACCGCGGAAUCGGCCAAGGCAUCAUCAACCUCCUAGCCACCACCCAACACCCCCAACCCCUCCACAUCUACGCCACAUCCCGCGGCGGCGUAGACCUCAAAAUCCAAGCCAAACCCCCCAACGAGAUCCGCUACGCAAAACUCGACGUCUCAGACAAAUCAUCCAUAACAUCUUUCCUCAAGACCGCGCUCAACGACAGCGGCAAAAUCGACGUCUUGAUCAACAACGCCGGCAUAAACAACAACAACAACGAAACCCCCGAUGCCGCCGAACAAGUCAUCAACGUGAACUACCACGGCACAAAACAAAUGUGCCAACUCUUCCUCUCCGAAGGACAAAUGUCAUCCACACCAAACGCGCGUAUCGUAAACGUCUCCAGCACCGCCUCUUCCUUGUCAAACUAUCCCAGCGCCACUGCAACCCGUUUCCGGUCCGCGACUUCCAUCUCCGGCGUCGACACCUUGGCUCAAGAAUACAUCGACUCCGUACGCUCAUCAUCCCAAGAGUCCGCCGGGUUUGGCGCACCGCCGAAAUCGUAUCAAGUCAGUAAAGCGCUGAUGAACGCGCUAACAGUCGUUCUGGCACGUGAGAACGAGGGCAUGUUAGUGAAUUGCUGUUGUCCUGGGUGGGUGGAUAGUGAUAUGGGGAAUCAGAUUGGGAGGCCGCCGAAGACGUUGGAGGAGGGGGCGAGGAUACCGGUGAGGUUGGGGGUUGGGCAGCUUGGUAAGGGAGGGGAUGGAGACGGCGGUUUAACACAGGAGACUGAGCUGGUUACUGGUAGAUAUUAUGGCAACGACGGAGUUACAGAUCGGGGGUGGGGGAGGGCGAGGGAGUGGUAG